GGAGAAACCACUUUAGACUUAUUCUUAGGAGGUUUUGGAGGAUUCCGGGACGUUUGAAGAGAAACGGAGUAGGUGGAAUGUACACACUUCGAGCGGAGCUAAGGAUUCACCGCGGAAUGUCUGCCAUAGUUUUUAUUGGGCUACAAAGUUUUUUACGCAUACCCCUAGUGUAAUUCUGUCAAACAGGAGCAGUUUUGUUCGUCUCAUUUGGAACAUGCACUUUGGACGGAAUGACUUAAAGUUCUUCUGCUUGUGACUGGCAGCAAAAUGGCCCACCUAGUUGUUAGCUGAUGUUACUUAUGCCAUGUGAAAGGAUGGACCAUCCAAGCAGCCCCACCUGUGACAGCAGUGACCCGAAUGGUUUCGUGAACCGUGUGUUCAACGUCUCCCUGGACGUGGAGAAGGAAACGGGGAUCAUGCGGGUUCAGGAGGCCAAGCCCGGGGAGCUCGAGGCGUCCCCCCCUCCGACUCCGGUGAAGGACAGUGCGGAGGCGAUCCGGAGGCCCAGAUCCACCGGCAUCUGGAAGAUUCUGAACCGACGGAGAACCGCCUCGGACCUAGACCGCCGGCCGCACUCCAUGAUCCUCCCCGGCGAGGCGUCCAUCCCGAAACUCUCCUUCAUGGACAAGGUGAGGUCCUUCAAGAAGCUGAAGACCCCGUCGUCUGUCUUCAGGGGCAAAGCGGGGAGGACGUCCAGCUCCAAGCUCAACAGCUCGCUCAGGGACGAGCCCGAGGAGGACAGCAGCAUCUGCAGAGACUUUCCCUCGCCGCUGUACGCCAACAGGAACACGCUCAGGAACCGCGGAAAGAGGCACUCCUACGCCGGCCACACCACCGACUUCGACGUCUCCUUCGAGGACAUCGACUUGACCCCCACCCCUGAGAACGACACCCCGACACCGGUCAAAUACGCGGCCGCAAACAACCACAACGGCUGCAAGACUUUGGAGAGGGUGACGUACACCAAGAGGCCACAUCCAAACAUUUCAAAUUGUAACAACUCCACACUCACGAUCCACGAGGAGAGGUCUGUGACAGACAGUCCCAGGGUUACUGUGAGAUCUAGAAAGGCAAAAGGUUCUGAAGUGUGGAGCUACUUGAGAAGGAUCUCCUUAAUGGGCAAAGGAGGUUCGGGGUUGUCCGACAAGAGUUUUGAAUCUUUGCACACGCUAGACAAGACCAUAGACUCAGACUAUGGCUCAGUGGACUUUGAAUGUAUCAGAGAUUUCCAGCCUGCUCCAAAGCCUGCGGGUGCCGAUGGCAAAAGCAGCCAUUUUGGUGGGCUGGUUCGCUUCUUCAACAGCAUGGCACAGACUGCACGUAAAUGGAAGAAUUCGUCGCGGUCAUUCUCGCCGCCCGACGAAGAACGCUCGCCUGUCGGCACCCCGCGGUCGCAGAGGCCGCGGGACUUUCCCCAUGCCAUGUCGAUGACCUUGCGGAGCGAGGACAAGGUCGAGUGCCUCUCGACAGGUUCUCACCCGUCUCCAGAUGGAAACUUGUGCGAGGCCUCACCUGCCAAGGCGGCCUCGGGCAGGUCCCCCCAGGUGAUCCUGAAGUCAUGGAAAGUGUACCCAGACUCGCCAGGUGGCAGCAGUCACCCCUCGAACCCCUCCGAGGGGUCAGGCUCGACUCUGACUCCCAUGAACUCCGCACGCACCUCUCUGGCUACCAUAGAGAACCAACCGAGGGGUGAUGUCACAGAGGGGGGCUCUCUCUCUGAGGCAGAGGGCCAAUCAGAGUGCAUCUCCCCUGAGGAAGUAGCGGAGCUUACAGAGUCUGAGUUGGGUUCUGUGGAUAUACCAGUCUCUACGGAGAAAAAUGAGUCUGACAGCAACCAAUCAGCUCCAGAGAAAAAGGACUCUGAUGAGGUGUUUAUGCCCCCGGCAGGUGUCGGCGGGACAGGCAUCAGGCGCACGCCCGAGGCUCAUCCUGGCGCCCGCGGCCCCUCCGGCCCUCUCGUCCUCGUCCUGGCCGCCCCACUCCCUUCCCCGGUGCGCCGGCGACCGCGGCCGGCCUCCGUCUGCGUGACCGCUCUGAGCGUGCCCCACCCCAUCCUGGAGGAAGGACAUGCGUCCGCAUCGGCGGGGGCGCCCGUCGACCCGACCCUGAGCGCGCACUGGCUGCGGCGGGAGAGCGGGCCGAGCGUGCUGCGGGUGAGGCGCGCCUACCCCCACAAGAGGCCGCGCUCGGUCAUCGAAGGAGGAAGCAGCGGCGGUCUUCUCGGCGGGCCGGACGCCGCCGCCAUCGCCGCCGCCGCGCAGCCGCACAGAACCCUGUCCCGGCCCCCGGGAGUGUCUCCCCGUGACCCCCCCUUUAGGGUCAUCCUCCAGAGGUGCCGCUCUCUGCCCCUGCCCCAGUGUGCCCCGACUGAGCUGGUGCCGGUGCGACAGGAACACACGCUGCCUCAGACAGGCGAGGCUUUGGAGCAGACGGGUUCGGUCCGACUACGGAACGGGAAGGCCAGCGGAGGAGGUGGCGAAGGUGGCGGUGGCGGCGGGCUGAGACACAGAAAGGCCCUGAGGCCGGGAUCGGAACCGCUGCAGGUCAACAGUUUGAUCAGCGGAGGUUCAAUCGUCAGUGCAGAGGCAGUAUGGGACCAUGUGACCAUGGCGGACCGGGAGUUGGCUUUUAAGGCGGGGGACGUCAUCAAAGUCCUGGACGCCUCCAACAAGGAUUGGUGGUGGGGCCAGAUCGACGAUGAGGAGGGCUGGUUCCCUGCCAGUUUCGUGAGGCUCUGGGUCAACCAGGAGGAGACGGGUGCGGAGCCGGUGGAGGGGACCAGCGAGGUCCAGAACGGCCACCUGGACCUGGACUGCCUGACGCUGGGCCAGCCCCUUCAGAACCGGGACCAGAUGAGGGCCAACGUGAUCAACGAGAUCAUGAGCACCGAGCGCCACUACAUCAAGCACCUCAAGGACAUCUGUGAGGGCUACUUGCGGCAGUGCCGGAAGCGCAUCGACAUGUUCAACGACGACCAGCUAAAAGUCAUCUUUGGCAACAUCGAGGACAUCUACAGAUUCCAGAUGGGCUUCGUGCGGGACCUGGAGAAGCAGUACAACACGGAAGAUCCCCACCUCAGCGAGAUCGGGCCCUGCUUCCUAGAGCACCAAGACGGCUUCUGGAUCUACUCGGAGUACUGCAACAACCACCUGGACGCGUGCAUGGAGCUGUCCAAGCUGAUGAAGGACGGCCGCUACCAGCACUUCUUCGAGGCCUGCCGGCUCCUGCAGCAGAUGAUCGACAUCGCCAUCGACGGCUUCCUGCUCACGCCCGUGCAGAAGAUCUGCAAGUACCCCCUGCAGCUGGCCGAGCUGCUCAAGUACACCGCGCAGGAGCACAGUGACUACCGUUACGUGGCGGCGGCUCUGGCUGUCAUGCGGAAUGUGACCCAGCAGAUUAAUGAGCGCAAGCGGAGGCUGGAGAACAUUGACAAGAUCGCCCAGUGGCAGGCGUCCGUGCUCGACUGGGAGGGCGAUGACAUCCUGGACAGGAGCUCGGAGCUGAUCUACACCGGCGAGAUGUCGUGGAUCUACCAGCCGUAUGGGCGGAGCCAGCAGAGAGUCUUCUUCCUGUUUGAUCACCAGCUGGUCAUGUGUAAAAAGGAUCUGAUUCGUCGGGACCUGCUCUACUACAAGGGCCGCAUCGACAUGGACCGCUACGACGUGCGGGACGUGGUGGACGGCCGCGACGACGACUUCAGCGUGAGCGUCAAGCACGCCUUCAAGCUCCACAGCAAGGACACGGAGGAGAUCUGCGUCUUCAUGGCCAAGAAGCUGGAGGAGAAGAUCCGCUGGCUCAGGGCCUUCCACGAGGAGCGCAAGAUGGUGCAGGAGGACGAGAAAAUCGGUUUCGAAAUCUCAGAGUACCAGAAGCGGCAGGCGGCCAUGACUGUGCGAAAAGUGACUAAACAGAAAGCUGUAAGCCAAAACAGGUAUGUGCCCCCCAGUACCCCCUCCCCCCAGGACCCUCUGCCUCAAGGACAGUUCAUGUUCUCAGACAACAUGGCACAAUCAGAGGUGUUUGAGUUCCCGCAGACCAGAAGGAACCAAGCGCCCUUCUGGCAAAAUCUCAGUAGGUUAGCACCCUUCAAAAAAUAGCAAAAAAGAGGAAAAAAAUUCCCCAAACGAACUAUUUUAGAUGGACCACCAUUUUUUUCUUUCCCUGAAUUUCUGAGAAGCACUGUUGUACAUCAAAAUGCUAUUUUUUGUUGUUUUUCUUUUUUUUUUUGUCAUUUUUUCUUGUGUGUGUGACUGAUUAAGAAAAAGAAACUCAAAGUAUGGAUGACAGAUGCGCCCCCUGUGUGAAGGACUAUCAGAUACAUCAGCUGACACACAGACGCAUCAGAGAACUACUGAACCACUGUAACUGACAUCAUGGCUGCCCCGAUAGCCACGACUCACAUACGCUGACUAUCCACUGGAAUCUGUGAGCUUUCCCCUUACCCUGCCAUUUUAUGUGAAUGUGUUGUAAUUAUUCUUGCUACUGUUAUUAUUAUUAUUGUUGUUAUUAUUUAUCAUGUUUUUUUUGUUUGUUUGUUUGGUUUUUUUUGCUUCUUGGCUCUACUGAGGGAAUGUUGACAGUAUGGAAGUAAUGAUCAAGCAUCAUCUCUUAACAAAAUACACACACACACACACACACACACACACACACACACACACACACAACCACACACACACACACAUGCACGCACGUAAAAAUACAGUCACCACACAUGCUUGACAGAGGGGUCAUUCAUUGGCCCCAACAUAAAAACAUUAAUGAAAAGUUUUGUAUAAUUUCCACUCUUCCACUACGAGGACCCAGAUAGGCAGCAGAACCCUUAGUCAUCCUGCCCUGCUUCCUCACAAGUGAUAUGCGCCGCAAUUUUGUUCAUGAGUUCUUUUUUUUUUUUUUGCUUUUCUGUGUGAGACGAUGGCGAUGGGUGGGCUGGCUGGCUAAACUUUUUUAUUUUUCUUUGAUGGUUUCCUCUGUUCCAUCACUGUAAGAUUUCCCAUAUGUUUUGGUGUGAGUUCAUUUCUGCAUGCUGAUGGGCCCUCAUUUGAGGAGUAUGGCUCGUGGGUUGUGCUGUGCUGUGCUGUCCAGGGAUCAGGGAACAACUCAAUUGCUUGGGAACACACACACAUGCACAUAUACAGAACACACACACACACACACACACACACACACACACACACACACACACACACACAUAUAUAUAUAUAUAUAUAUAUAUAUAUAUAUAUACAGACACACUGUACCAAAUGCUCUUUACAGGGUAUUUUCUUUAAAGCAAGAAAAGAGUGAAUUUUAUAAACUUUCAUGAAGUAUAACCGCCGAAGCCGAUUUUUGUUUUCUGUUGUCCCUGGUUUUGGUUCAGUAACAUGUACACAAACAUCCGGCCAUCAAUUUCUAAGGUGAGGUCUGAACUACUGAUCCCAAAAUGCAUUUUGCUCAGUCUACAAACUGUUGUAAUAUUCUCUUAAUGGCUCCUGUCAGUAUUGUAUAUGGCUUUGUGUUUGACCGUUCCGUAUGGUCGAACUCAGCGGUCAAGUCCUUGUUAAUUCACAGAAGCUUACGCUAAGAAAAGGAAUUUCCAGAGAGUACUUUAAAAACAACACAAACCAGAUGAAGAAGAAGAAAAAAAUGUUCAAAAUAUAUGAAUAUAUAUUUCUAUUAUUGGAUCACUAAAGUUUAAUAAGCACAGCCAGAGAGACAAUUUUGAAACUUUGUAUUUAAGUUUUUUGUUUGUUUGUUCAUUUGGAACAUUACAUAGUAUCUGCGCUAGAGUCUAUUUAACAUGAUAAUUUACAGAUAAAUAAAUGAACAGUAUAUAC